UAUGACACGGGAGCGAAAGCGCCCAAACACUCAGUGUCAUUUCGUCACUCGAAGCGGAAGAUGGCUGUGUUGUGGUUGAUAUUGGUCUUACAACUGGCAUGGACAGUGGACAGCGGGAAGUUGGUGUUUCCCGAAGGCACUGAUGUGGGCUACAUUGUACCAGAUAAACGGGCUCAAACAACUGAGGAAGAGGACUGGUUGAAUGCCCUUCAGAAUGAGGACUUUGCUGGAUCCAUACUUCAGAGAGGUGAACGUGAGGCUCUCAGUGAGGUGGAGGAGGCCCUCUGGCGCACCAUUGAGAACAGCGCCCGGUUGGCUCGUCAGCAGGACUUCGGAGCCGAUGACAGGGAAUCACAGCCUGACCCAAUAGAGAACUGGCAUGGCAAAUGGUUUCCUCAUGCCCCUAAAGAACUCAACAGGGAUAGCAGCCGUGGCAAUCCUGAUACUCUUCCUGAAGAACUAAAGGAUGACAAGCAUGGUGUGGCCAUGGGUAUUCCUCAUGCUCAGUGUGAUAAUGCUAAGAUUAAUCUUACCAUUGAUUGGGACUUUUCACCAGUCAACUAUACCUGCUUUGACCCCAAAAAGCACACAAUCCCGGUGUUAGCACACUUGGAAUCAAAGGAGGCAUGUGUCAACAUCCCAAAGGGCUACUCUCCACAACAUUUGUGCAUGAACACACCCAUUGAAUACAACACAACCCUGCCAACUUUUGGGCCUCAUCGCCCCAUCUGGCCUGUCUAUGGAGAAUACAAGUUCGUUCCAGUUCAGCGAUGGCUACAUACCAUUGAGCAUGGAGGGAUUGUGAUGUUAUACGAUCCAUGUGCAGAGACAGUGCUUGUGAAUCGGCUUCGCAGAUUGGUAACUGGUUGUUUUCGAAAGCAUGUCAUCACUCCAUACACCUUGCUAACUAGGGAGCGGCCCCUGGCACUUGUUGCAUGGGGAUGCAGCCUUGAGAUGGCAGUUGUGAACGAUGAGGAGGUCAAGACAUUCAUCAGAGAGCAUGCUCUUCAUGGACCUGAAGGACACUAUGCCAAGGAUGGAGGAUACAAGGAAGGACUCCUCAGGAAGGCUGAGUAUCCUCCAGGUGCACAGGAAAAGGACUCGAACAUUUGCCCUUAAGGAUCAAGAAUCUGCCAUUCCAGUUUUGAAGUUCUGAUAAUAAAGAAGUUUGUAUGUUUUAAGGUUUACAGAUUAAUUUUGAUUUUUCCUUGCUAUCUGAUCAGUGAUUAGUGAUAUUUACAGUAUUGAGCAUAGGAAAGUUAGGAUCAUAUGUUGUGUAUCACAAAGUCUGGGGUUGUAUAAUGAUCUUUAUGAAUGGAUUUAAUAUUUUUGUGCUUAAUUUUAAUACUUUGAACCUUGAAUAUUAAUAGUUUUUUCAUAAGUAGAAAUUGUUUAAAAGUUGUGAAAUAUUGCAUGAAGAGAAGCUUAGCAAAGAACCUCUAUAUUUUCUUUGUAAGCCUGGAUAUACUUUAAAAAAAUAUUGAAAUAUGAGUAAGUAAAUGAUGUUCAGAACAACUUAAAAUUUUGUGCUACAUUAUUCUUUGCUAUUUAUCCUUGCUACUUGUCAAGUAAAUUUACAGUCAGGAAAGUUGAAAUGCCUAGUUAUGGGUGUUAACCAAAGAAUUUUUAUCUCAAGAUAAGUGAAAUAUCCAUGCAGAAGUUCUAGUUAGAAUUUCAUAAAAGGGGAAUCUUGCAUCAGUGUCUGUAUGCAACUCUAUGGAAAACAGAAAUGUUUACCAUUGGAUACUUUAUUAGUGUGAUAUUUGUAACUGCAGAGCUCUUGGAUAAUGUGAGAUUACCAGAUACUUUAGCCAUUUGGCAGAUUUGCUUCUUAUUCCUUUCUUUCAGUUGCACUGGUUCCUUCCAUCCUCGAAUAUGGUACACUUACUGUUUGCAGAGACUGUUCCUGAAAACAGUGACUCAUCUGUGCAGCUUUUAUGUUGAUCAUUUGUAUUGAUAUCUAAAUGACCUUGAGCCUGUGCAGUGGAAAAUACAUUUUCGGUUUUCAUUAAGAUGGACAUGGCUUUAUUAUUGUAAAAGAAAUGUGUCUUGAUUGUCUCAACAUUUUCUAAAAGCUUUGCAUGCAUGGAACUCAAAGCCAAAAGAGCAAGAAAAAAGUUGCCAUGAAACUACUAAUAUAGUGCAGCUUUGACAUAAUUUAUCUGUUUAGGUUAGUGGAAGAGAAAAAUCUAAAUAAUCCAGUUGGGAGUUUUCUAGCAGUAAAUGCCAGUUGCCUUUGACUGUAAGAAAAUUUAGAAAUACAGAUUUUAGCAUCACCAGUAUAUGAUCUGUUUGUUUUUCUCAUUUGGAUCUGAUUUUUUUGAACUAUAGAAUGGUAAAUGUAUCUUUAAUAAUUAACUUAAAAUGCUCUAUAAUUGUAUUGUUGGUAACAAAUAGUAAGUGAUUUCCAGAGAUAAGUUAAUGAGACAGUUAAUGUUUGGUAGGUAAUUUUUUCCAUUAUAUUUUGUGCAGUUGCUUUUAGGUGGUUAAAGCUGGUGUU